AAACGUUUUCGCCUCAACUUCCCCACGCAGCCAUGCCGCCGUCACAGUUGAAGCAGCUGAAGGCUUCCCUCCGGGACACCGGAGUGCUUGGGCCGCAGCAGUCGAAGAAGAAGAAGCGCCAGGAUGCGAAAUCCGGCGUCGGCGCGCAGAACCGCGUGCAGCGCAAUGCCGCUUUGCAGGCCGUUCGGGACCGGUUCAACCCUUUCGAAAUCAAGACGACGAAUACCCGGUCCAAAUUCGAUGUCACUACCCGCGAUAGCGGCUCCAAGGCUGCUGGUGGACAGGCGAGACCCGGUGUGACCAAGUCGCUCGGCGAAGAAAAGAGACGCCAAACCCUGCUCCGAGACAUGGAGCGGCGAAAGAAGGUCGGUGGUCUUUUGGAUCGUCGAUUCGGUGAAAACGACCCGACUAUGACCCCCGAAGAGAGGGCCGCCGAACGAUUCGCCAAGGAAAGUCAACGGAAGCUGCGCAAGGAGUCGAUGUUCAAUCUCGAAGAAGAUGACGAAGAAUUCCAACUCACGCAUAAAGGCGAGUCUCUGUCAUUCGGGGAAGGCGCGCCCCUGGAUGACUUUCAGGAGGGUGAUCUGGGCGAGCAGGAGGACGACAUGUCGGAUUCCGAAAUCCCCCGGAAGAGGAAACGCUUCCUCAAUGAAGACGGCGAGAUGGAAGAGAUCGUGGAUGGCCAGGAGGGAGAAGAUCAGCCCGAACGGAAGAAGUCGAAGCAUGAAGUCAUGAAGGAGGUGAUUGCCAAGUCAAAAUUCCAUAAACUCGAGCGACAACAAGCCAAGGAGGACGACGAUGACCUUCGUGAAGAACUCGACAAGGGCCUUCCGGAUCUUUUCGACAUGCUGAGGGGAAUCAAGCCUCCGCCGAAACCUGAGCCACCCAAGGAUGACCUAGCAUCAAUGAAUCCAGACCGCGCCGCCCUGUUGAACACAUCCGGCGACAAGGAUACCGAAAAAGAGUAUGAUCAACGCCUGAAGCAAUUGACCUUCGACAAGCGCUCUAUGCCAACAGACCGCACCAAAACCGCAGAAGAAAAGGCCGAGGAGGAAGCACAGCGACUGAAGGCCCUUGAGGAGGAGCGUGUUCGACGAAUGCGUGGCGAAGAUUUGAGCGAUGAGGACGAGGACGAGGAAGAGGAGGAAGAGGGGGAAAGUAGCGAUGGUGGGAAUGAAAUGUUUGAAGAGGAAUCUCUCCCGGACGAUGCGAGGGCCUUCGGGUUGCAGCAGACUGCAGACGAAGAGGAUUCUCGCCCGGACCUCGGAGUCGAGGAUGAGGACGAUUUCAUCAUCGAUGAUGAUCUUGUGGAAACAAGGUCUGAUGUCAGUCUAUCAGUUGGUGACAGUGACGAGGAGGGUCUUUCUGCGGACGAAUCCGAAGAGGAAGAUGAUGAACUCGUGGAUGGGGUCACUCUCCCCGAAGAAGCUGGCGCCGAUCCAGCCGAAGAAGCAGCCAUGCAGAAAGGACUGGCGUACACCUAUCCUUGCCCAGGAGACCAUGCCGAGUUUCUUCAGAUCAUCAAAGAUGUCCCGGUAGAGGAUAUUCCCACAGUCAUCCAGAGAAUCCGAGCCCUGCAUCACUCCCGUCUCCAGAGUGGUAACAAGACAAAGCUUGGGCAUUUCGCGGCCAUUCUAGUGGAACAUGUUGCGUACAUGGCCGAACAACCAGAGCAUCCUCCCUUCGCCAUCCUCGAGAACAUUCUCCGGCACGUCCAUUCGUUGGCAAAGACACAUUCCGAGAGUGUCUCUUUGGCAUUCAGGGCGCGACUCCGCGAGAUCGCAACUGAUCGCCCGCUCAACCUUCGUCCCAGCGACCUGGUCGUUCUGACUGGCGUUGGCACCAUUUUCCCUACCUCGGAUCAUUUCCACGCCGUCACAACCCCGGCGCAUCUUUGUCUUGCUCGGUAUUUGGGACAAGGGGCCGUCAACACCCUCAGUGAUUUCGCUACGGGGACGUAUGCUGCCAGUCUUGUGCUUCAGUACCAGACCCGAUCGAAGCGGUACAUGCCCGAACUCAUCAACUACGCCCUCAACGCCCUCGUGAAUCUUGCUCCCAAAGAGCUGUCGAGUGAUCUCCGGCCCUUCCCCUUGCGGUCACCCCAGCAGUCUCUGCGACUCGCCACUUCUAAGCCUAUCACGUCCCGCAAACUACAAUUCUGGGAUGUCACCGGACCGGGCUCUAAUUCGAAGGCUCAAGAAGAGCUCAAGCUGGCCCUGAUCACCACUCUUGUCCAGCUUCUCGACACCGCCUCCGAUCUGUGGGCCGACAAACCAUCCUUCACCGAGGUCUUCGAGCCCGUGCAAGACGUGCUCCGUCAUUUGAGCCGAACUGGUCUCGCUAAGGCGUCUUCCACCGCGCGUGACAACCUGCAACUCACUUUGGACAAGAUCGAGCGGCACCUCUCGGAGUCCCGCCUCGCUCGCCGUCCGCUCCUCCUCCACUACCACCGACCGCUGGCCAUCAAAACGGCGAUUCCCAAGUUCGAGGAGACCUUCAACCCGGACAAGCACUACGACCCCAACCGCGAGCGUGCAGAGCUCAGUCGUCUCAAGGCGGAGCACAAGCGCGAGCGCAAAGGCGCCAUCCGCGAGCUGCGCAAGGAUGCCAACUUCAUUGCGCGCGAGCAGCUGCGCGAGAAGAGGGAGCGCGACGCCGAGUACGAGCGCAAGUACAAGCGGCUUGUCGCGGACGUGCAGAACGAGGAGGGUCGCGAGGCCAACGCAUACGAGAAGGAGAAGAGAAUGCGUCAGGGCAAAUGGUAAUACUUUGGGUGCUGGGGAUGAGUCUGCGUUCACCCUUUUCAACGUCACAUUAUGCCAUUUUAUUCUUCAUUGGUGUACAUAUACACAUUCUAGUCAUAGGUUAUUGUUUGGUUAUGAU